AUGGCAGACCUGAUAACGUUUAAGCGUAUCCUAAACUACAUUCCAGGAAUCACCGAAUACCGGUUCAAAAUGGCGGGACAGCACUCUCUUCAAUAUGGACGGGGUGCCUUGCCAGCCCGAGCAAAAAGUCCUAGGAUGAGAGUAGAAGAUAAACAGUUGGAUCACUUUUUGACUUACAUAACUAACCCGCACGUGAUCCAGGAUCUUCCUUUUGGGCAGCGAUAUCUCCGCCUAUCUUCUGGAAAGAUAUUAGAAACCCCAAAUGUCAUUAGGGCGAUGAUCCCUAACAGGCUAGUAAAGCAGUACCAGGCUUAUUGCGAGGAGACGAAUUUCACUCCAUUCAGCCCAACAACAAUGUUAAGAGUCCUGUCUGGCUGCGGGGCGACCGUAAGGAAGUCCUUGCAAGGGCUCGACUACAUUGCUUCGGAUGGCGCGAAAGGGUUUGAAGCUUUGUGUGGAGUAGUGGACCAACUUAAAGAGAGAAGUCUGGACAGAGAGACUGCCAAAAAAUGGGAAGUGUCUCUGAGGGAAGGCAAGCAGUAUCUGAAGGCUGAUUAUAAGGUAUCAGAUACGGUUUAAAACAUGGUUAACUGAAAGUAAACCGGAAUAUAUAACGAACUGCCACGAGACUGGCAAAAUGGCAAAAUCUGUUAACUUUGUCGUGAGGGCUUAAUUAAAUCAGGUGGGUUCUUUUCCAAACUAAUUAUACUAUUGUUGGGCAAGAGAACACCGUUCUCUAUACUGGCGUCCGUCUUCGCCUUGUUAGGUGUGUACUUUAUUCUGCCAAAGGUUCAUAUUUUCUAAUUGCUUUAACCAAGCUUGGCAAAAAUAUUGCGCGUACAAUAGAUGAAAGCUCAGAAACUUCAAACGGUCACUAAAUUUACUACUUUGUCUUUUUUGAAGGUUCAUGUAUCCGAGUCCUCCCCGGUUGCAGACCAUUGCAGCGGAUACGCUCUCAGCGAUAGUAAGGACGAUGAACUAAGAUCCCAAUGCUCUCAUAAUCAUGACAUUCAGUGUUCACAGUGUGAAAGUCUCAGUAAUGUUCUUUUUUCAAUUAAAACAUUCUUGACUGAGUCAACGUUUGUACCUGAAGAACUAGAAGACGUCUUGUACACGCAUAGUCAUGCAGUCCAGGCAAUCCACUCCUGGAAAGCACGUCAACUCAGGUGUGUCAGGCAAGAUACAGCAAGGACGGCGUGCUUGAGCGCUUUAAAUGAGACCUCUGUACUCAUAACACAAGAUUGGGCUAUGAAGUUUUUACCGCUCAAAUAUAGAGAAAACCAAUCAGAUUGGUACGGGAAACGAGGAAUAUCGUGGCACAUAAGUGUCAUCGCAAGAAAAAUGAGAGGGCUUUUAGAAAGUCAGUCCUUCGUCCACAUAGUUGAGAAUACAUCACAAGACAGCUCAGUUGUAGUGCGAAUUAUUGAGCACACCUUAAGGUCGCUGAAAGAGGAGAAUCCUAGAAUCAACAGAGCAUUUCUACGGCAAGAUAACGCGGGAUGUUAUCACAGUUCUGCUGUAAUAGCAUCAUGCACCCUAAUGAAGGCAAACACUGGGAUAGACGUUUGCCGAGUAGAUUUCAGUGACCCUAAAGGAGGCAAGGGUGCUUGUGACCGAAAAGCCGCCACUAUCAAGGCCCAUGUCCGCAGGUAUGUAAAUGAGGGCCACGACGUGCAAAAUGCUGAACAGCUUCAAACAGCUAUCCUGUCUAAUGGAGGUGUCACCGGGGUUCGCGUUACUAUUGUUAAUGCUGCCGUUUCUGCCUGUGAACUGCCUCAAGUCAAACUUGAUGGUAUCAGCACGUUAAACAACUUUGAGUGCUGCAAAGACAAGUUGACAGUUUGGAGAGCUUUCAACGUCGGAAAUGGAAGGGAGAUCAGCCAAACGAAAGUUCAAGGUAAAAAAAAUACGGGCAUAGUGAUAUAUAAAUGUACUGUAUUGGAGUGUUGCAAAUACUCACUGACUUAGUCAGCUAAUAAUUACGGAUAACGGGCAAUAUUAACAGAGUAUAAGAGAGUCUAUACUAAUGGCUACUAUAGAUAACUCAGUCAGUUGUGUACAUGAUAAAUUAACAAACCUUUAAAAGACGCGAAAAACUUUUCAUCUGAAAUUAAAAAAGACUUCCAUUUCAAUGUUCGCUUUUUUAGUUGCUGAUGUCUUACAAAGCUGCAAAUUUACUUGCCGAUUUUCCCUUGGUGAUCCAAGGAAGCCUCAAAGAAGCCAAGACCCAACGAAACGACGACAGUAGAAGAAACGAAAGACGCUUCUGUAUUGUUCUCCUGCCCAAAUGAAGGUUGCAUCAAGGUAUACGAGAGAUACUCGAGUCUCGAAAGGCAUAUGUCGUUUGGCAAAUGCGAGUUGAUUCCGGAGAAAGAGACUUUGCUGGACAGGGCUAAAUUAACGUACCACGCUAUCCUUCAGGACGAUAUUGGCAUUGCAAAAGUAUUUGAAGGAAGGGAAACGGAGAAGAAGCACGGUGUCAGUUUACCUGAGGGUUGGGCGUUGAAAACUGCAAAGAAGUCGUCACGGUUUAACGAAUCACAAAGAAAGUACCUGCAGGAAAAAUUUGAGCUUGGACAGCAAACAGGCCACAAACAAAACCCUGAGAAAGUGGCGAGAGAUAUGCGUUUUGCAAAAAAAGCAGAUGGUUCGAGGCUGUUCUCGAGUGAUGAGUUUCUUACCUCGCAGCAGAUACAGUCUUUCUUUUCAAGAUUAUCGUGCAAGUUGCGUCACGCUGUAGAGGUUAGCGACUCAGAUUUACAAGCUUCUCAGGAUGAACAAGAGUUUUGCGACACCCGCCAGGCUGUGUUAGAGGAAGUACAGCUAGAACAUCCCAUCGCUUAUGACAACCUAAACCUUUGCGAAUUGACCAAGAAAGGUAACAUGAAAACACUCAGCAUUGCAAUGCUGAAGAACAUAUGCGAGUAUUUUGAUAUCUGCACGGAAGAAUUUAACCCAAGGCGCAAGGCAGAGUACCUUGCCGCGUUAGGGGAUCUUGUAAAAGGGUGCGGCUGUAACGCCCAAGAGUCAAAUUAG